AUGAUUGACCACUGGUCCAACGUGCCCCGAAUAAUAUGGGCAAGUACACUAGGUCCGCUGGGAUUUUUGUUGAAUGUAUUGAUGGGCUACAUUAUUUUCAAGUACACUCCAGACUCUAUGAAAACAUAUUCAACAUUGAUAAUGGUGAUGACAAUAUCUGAUGCAGUGAAUGGAUUUUGUAGUGUUAUGACUUCUGAAAGAGUAAUUUCAACUGGCUCUCAAUUGUUCGUUAUAUUUGGAGGAAUUUGUGAAAGUGCUUUUGAUGAGAAGUUGACAAAAUCCAGGUUUUGCAUGUCUUGGUACGCUUUGCAAAUUGUAUGCGCAAUGCUAAACAGCAUUAUAAUGAUAUUCUCCUAUGUCUUCCGAGCCUAUGUAAUCACAAUGCCAUUCGACACGAUUAAUCAAAAAAAGACCUGGGGAUAUUUUAUGUCAUGGUCCUCCUUAGAAGAUAUGGAUGCAGAAAUUUCGAAAAUUUAUCCGGAGUUAAUUGGUUCUAAUUACACAUAUUCAGGGGUUCUCGACGUGAAUGCUCCAUCUCAGAUAGUGAUGAACAUGAUGUCAAUUUUUCUUUCGGUAUUUGUGGUUAUGAUGGCCUUAAUUUGCAAGUGUAUAAUUGAAAAAUAUCUGAAUAAAUUCACAUUCACGGAGAAUAAGAAACGGCAGCAUAGGUCUUUGGUUAACGUUCUUCUCUAUCAAACCUUCAGUCCAUUCCUUUCAUUAGUUACCGUAGCCCUCUACGUGACAGUAGGCCAAACUGGUGGCAGCACCGCAAUACUUGAGAAUCUAAUGCCGUUCUCACUGGUGCUUCUGACUGUCGUUAGUCCAAUCGCCAGUUGUAUAUUAAUUGGUCCGUAUCGAGCUGCGUUUUUCAAAUUAUGGAACUCAAAUGUUUCGAUGAUUUUUGGAGCGGAUUCCAGAUUAUUGAAGAACCAAGAACCACCAUUUCGAAGCACAAUUUCGGUGACCAACACAGUAUGA